GCCAGUUCUAGUACAGACAGCCAGGAACGUGUUCCACUACUAUGGCGCUCCUCGCGAGAAUCGUGAAGUGCGAGGCGCAUUUUGCCGCAAGGACUUACAGCAGUAGCGUACCAACGGUUAAGAUGUACAUUGAUGGCCAAUUCGUAGAAUCAAAGGCCACAGAAUUCACCGACGUCCAUGAUCCAGCAACAAACGAGCUGUUAUGUCGCACGCCAAAAUGUACAAGAGAAGAAAUGGAGACGGCCGUGAGGAGCGCGAAGAAAGCGUAUGAAAAAUGGAGGAAUACAAGUGUACUCACUAGACAAACACUGAUGCUCAAGUAUCAAGCUCUUAUACGGGAACAUUCGAAAGAAAUCGCACAGAACAUGGUGAAGGAAAACGGGAAAACAAUGGCUGACGCUGAAGGCGAUGUUCUUCGAGGACUUCAGGUCGUUGACGCGUGUGCCGCAAUUCCUUGCCUGCAAAUGGGCGAGAGCACGCCGAACAUCGCCACGGAUAUGGACAUAAUCUCCUACAAAGUUCCACUCGGCGUAACCGCCUCCAUCUGUCCGUUCAAUUUCCCUGCGAUGAUUCCGCUUUGGUCAUUUCCUGUCUCUGUGGCUUGCGGAAAUGCCACGAUCCUGAAACCGUCGGAACGUGUGCCGGGAGCAUCGAUGAUCCUCGCUGACCUGUUCACCGAGGCCGGUGCGCCACCUGGGCUGUUGAACGUCAUCCAUGGUCAACACGCCUCUGUGGAUUUUAUCUGCGAGCAUCCGGACAUCAAAGCGGUUUCCUUCGUUGGUUCUGAUCAGGCGGGUAAAUACAUAUACAAACAGAGCAGUGCCCAUGGGAAACGUGUGCAGUGCAACAUGGGAGCAAAGAAUCAUUGCAUUGUCCUGCCAGACGCGAAUAAGAAUAAGACCCUGUCCCAAAUCGUGGGUGCUGCCUUUGGGGCAGCUGGCCAAAGGUGCAUGGCUCUGUCAGUAGCCAUAUUUGUUGGAAAAUCGAAGGACUGGGUGCCAGAGUUAGUAGAGGCAGCGAAGCAACUGAAAGUGAACGCAGGACACGUUGCUGGAACUGACCUCGGACCAGUCAUAUCGCCCCAGUCGAAGAAGAGAAUAUGCGAAUUGGUCGAGUCAGGAGUGAAAGAUGGCGCCACGUUGGCUCUAGAUGGCAGAGGACUCGUCGUCAGAGGCUUCGAGAGGGGAAAUUUCGUUGGGCCAACUGUACUCACGGACGUGAAGACUUCUAUGCGAUGUUAUACGGAAGAAAUCUUCGGACCUGUUCUUUCAUGCAUUUUUGCUAAUACUUUGGACGAAGCUAUUAAUAUUAUUAACGAAAGUCCUUAUGGAAAUGGGACAGCUGUGUUUACUACAAACGGAGCAACAGCAAGAGCAUUUGUGAAUAGAAUCGAGGCUGGUCAAGUUGGCAUAAACGUUCCUAUUCCAGUGCCAUUGCCGAUGUUCAGUUUCACUGGAAAUAAGGGAUCUUUCUUGGGUGAUAGUCAUUUCUAUGGAAAACAUGGUAUAAAUUUCCACACGCAAGUGAAAACGGUAACACAGUUAUGGAGAUCUGGAGAUGCCGGUGAUAUCGCUUCCUCGACAGCUAUGCCGACUAUGCAAUAAAAUCCAAUAUUCCGAUAUUUCAUAGUAAUUCCAAUAUUUUGUACUAUU